AUGCCGCAUUUUGAGCUCGGGGAAGCCAUCCCUCCUGAUACGGCUCAUGCCGUGAGUGUCUCGUUGCCAACCUGGAGGUCCAACAUUGGUUAUGAGGAGGGCGAAGAUUGGGUUGUUAGCCGCAUGCAAACAGGCUAUCCUCGCUUCGUCAUCCACAAGAGCAUCCAAAACUUCGCCAGUGAUAUCGUGGCUAAGUUCGGAACUCCCGGCCACAAAGCUUUCCUCUUUCCAACUCGCCGGAUCGCUGUCAGGUGUUUGGCUUUUGUCAAGUCACUCGCUCCUCCUGCCAUCGCUGCCACCCUAGACACUGUCCAUCUCGUUCUGGACACGUCGAAACCCAGCGCCAGGGCCCUGGUAUCCCUUUCUCCUAACAUUUCGGCAGUCAUCUGCUCUCAGGAAGCGUUUCCUUAUGUGAAGCAGUACUGGCAGCACACUGGCGACGGUGUUUCAAGCCGCAGAGCCGAAUUUUGCCACGGGCUCUUCAAGGAUGGUUUGCUUCGCCGUGACGAUGACUUGCCUGCCUCUAUUCCCGCAAGUCCUAAGCCAUGUAAGGGCCCCAAGCGCUACCAGCGGACGCCCGGCGUCCAGACUCCCAAGUCGACUCCCUCCCCCGGGCUCAGUCCCGAUAGAGAUCUCGAGACUACAGCCAGUGCUAUUCCAGAUGUCCAGGAAUCCUCGCGCUUCCUAGAAGAGCGCUUCGGCCGCAACCUCGACGUCUCUUUCGUCGAGCCUGCCAAGUCAGCCAUCAAGCGGCGCAUCGCGGGUGCGCUGCGCAGCAACCACGAGCUCACGACGGCGCCACCACCGGAAGGCGAGAUGGCGGCCAACACCCGUGGGGUGGUCAACUUGCGCGAAGAAGAUAUCUACCUGUUCCCGUCGGGCAUGAGCGCCAUCUUCAACUCUCACCGGGCGCUGCUCGGUGCGCGGGGCAACAUGAAGAGCAUCAACUUCGGCUUCCCCUACGUCGACACGCUGAAAAUAUUGCAGAAGUUCGGUCCAGGCUGCGCCUUCUACGGCCACGCGUCCGAGGCCGAUUUGGACGAGAUCGAGCGGCGGCUCGAGAGCGGCGAGCGCUUCCUUGCUCUCUUCUGCGAGUUCCCUGGCAACCCGCUGCUGACUUGCCCCAAUUUACGGCGCAUCCGGGAGUUGGCCGACCGCUACGACUUCGCCGUCGUGGUCGACGAGACCAUCGGCACUUUCGCCAACAUAAACGUGCUGCCGUUCGCUGAUAUUGUUGUCAGCAGCCUGACCAAGAUCUUCUCGGGCGACUGCAAUGUCAUGGGCGGUAGUGCCGUCUUUAACCCUAACGGCCGGUACUAUAGCGCUCUCAAGCAAUUUGCGCACGCCGAGUUCGAGGACACGUACUGGCCUGAGGACGUCAUGUUCAUGGAGCGCAACAGCCGUGACUUCGUGUCGCGUAUUGACCGUAUUAACGCCAACGCUGAGGCCAUUUGCCAUGUUUUCCGCGCCAGCCCUCUGAUCAAAACGCUCUUUUACCCCAAGUACAACGAAUCUCGCGCCAACUACGAGGCUUGCAAGGUCGCCAAUGGCGGGUAUGGAGGUCUGAUCUCGGUCGUCUUCCAUGAUCGCAGGCAAGCAAUUGCCUUUUACGAUGCCAUUGACACGGCCAAGGGCCCAAGUCUGGGUACCAACUUUACGCUUACUUCUCCCUACGUUUUACUAGCGCACUACCAAGAGCUGGACUGGGCUAAGCAGUUUGGUGUCGAUCCCGAUCUGAUCCGCAUUAGUGUUGGCCUUGAGGAGACGGAGCACAUUGUAGCCGUGUUCAAGGAGGCGUUGAAAGUGGCUGAACAGAGUGUAGAGGGCAAUGGUGACGGCAAUGGCGCCAAGACAAUCGAUUCUUAG